ACUUCAACUCGCCAUGAUUCUGAGGCGAAUACAGAAUAACGAUAUUUAUUCGUUGUUUAGAUCAUUUUUUUGUAAAGAUGGACUAAACAACAACUCGGUAUUAUUUUCUCAAAAUAAUAUUUAUUCUGCCAAUUUUGUCAAUGGAGUAAGAAUUCUUCAUAGUCACACGACAGUUGGUUUACUAAAUAUCGGUGUCAACGAUGCCGAAUUUCAGAAAUCGUCCAUGGCAGCAUCGAAUAAGAUAUUUUUACGGUCGGUUAGAAAAAAUUCGACAAAAGAACAGGUUUCGACUCUUUCUAAAGCAAAAGACGCCGGACAGUUGACUGUCGGACAAAAAGUUAAGCAAACCACCAAAGAUGCAAGUUAUUUGGCAAUCAUCAUCGGAGGAAUCGGUAUUACAGGAAUUAUGUUUUACGCCAUAUUUAGAGAGUUAUUUUCCGGACACAGCCCUAACGUAAUAUACGGAAAAGCUUUAAAGAGAUGCAAAGAAGAUGCGAGAAUAAUCGACGCAUGUGGUGAACCCAUUAAAGGAUACGGAGAAACUACAGCUCGCGGGAGGAGGAGGCAUGUCAGUCAUUUAGAAUAUGUAAAAGACGGAUUAAAUUACAUGCGCAUGAAAUUUUACAUCGAAGGAAACAGACGGAAAGGAGUAGUUCAUCUAGAAAUGAAAGAAAACGCUAACGGAAAAUAUGAUUAUCGCUAUCUGUUUGUCGAAUUGGAAGGUUACCCUCAACAGACAAUCAUUCUCGAAGAUAAUAGGCACAUUUUCUGAUAUUUUCAUUUUAGAAAUGAAAUGCUUUUGUAUAAAUUAUUUUUACAUAUAAUUAACGAAUUAAUUAAUUUUCUCCUAACUUUUCUUUUGGAACUUUUUGUCGAAACAGACAGAAGACUUUAAUAACUAUACCCAAAAUUGUAUAUAUACUUGAUUCAUUUUUGAAAAUAAAGGAUAAAAAUAA